UUGAAUUUGAUAAUACCGAUCAGGAUACCAAAAUACCGAUUGGGAUAUCAAAAUAUUUAAGUAUUGGGAUACCGGAUUGAAAUUGAAUUUAAGCUGUAAUUCUAUGUUCCGAAUUUCGGUAUUUGAUAUUGGAAUACCGAUACCGUACCGAUAUUCUCCCUGCUAUGGAGGAGUUAAAAGAAUGGACACUAUGGUCUUUCGGUCCGCAACCCUCUUAAAAUGGUUAGACUAGCAAAUUGAACAAUCGGUUGCGAGUUUGUUGGUAUGUUUGAUUUGAGACCUUACAUCUUCAAUCCUUCUUCCUCCAUUUGAGUAAGAAAUCCAUCGGAAUUGAACUGUGGGGCUGACAAAGUGUUUGCUCCCGAGAACAAGGAAACUCUUCAAUGCGCCAAUUAUCAUCACCCGCCAAGUUUAGUGAAUCACUCAGCAAAUUAAUGUGUCCCACGAAAAAGGGAGAAGAUAGGUUGCUAACUCCAAAGGGGAUUAGCAUCGUACUAAGUACUAACUAGCAUUUAAACCGUCUAUUUCUGUUUUAAAUCUAAUGGCUAAAAAGACAUAAGGGUAUAGUUGUAAAAGAAGACGCAAAAUUUUGAAACGAAAAUUUAAUGCUGAAUUUAUUUCGUGGGGUUAAAAAGCGGAUUUACAGAGAUUGACAUGUGGAGAUGCAGAAUUUUAGGGAUGAUUAGAAUUUGACUACAUUAACCUCUCUUUCUCUCAAUCGCCACUCUUUUUUUCGGCUCUCGGCUCUCGCUCUUCUUUAUGAUAGACAAGAUUUGGGUCCGCCCGUUGGCCGGAUGAAUUAAAUAAAAAAUAUAAACAAUAAAAUAUUUUUGGUGAAAACAAUAAUAGUAAUUGUUCUAAUCAAGUUACGUUUUAUAUGGUAUCAUGAUCGAAUCCAAAUUACCAAAUUAUUAAAAAUAUAAAAAAGAACUUGCAUCAUAAGUUUUCUGACAUAUUGAUUAUUCAUGGACAUAAGUCCUUAUCAAAGGUGAAAACACAAUCCAUGCAAGGAAACCAAUUCCUAAAAAAGUUAAUCGAAACGGUAUUUAGUUUACUCUUUGUUGUCCUAAACUAAUACAAAUAUUCUUUUAGACUUCUUUGUGAUUCCUCGUCCAUCAAAAUCAUAAUUUUACCUAUGUGGCUUCUUUAUUUCACUGAAACCCAAACUUUUUGUGGUGAAAUUCUAGGAUAUUUGAAACAUCAUUUUCAUGCUUGCACCUCAUCAAAAUAAUAAAUAUUAUCAAUGAUUCUCUUUUCUCUCUCAUCGUUGAAUUAAAAAAACACCAACAACAAUCUCUUCAUUAUUCUCAACAACACUAUUAUCUCCAUCACUAAAUCUUUACCAUUAGCGUACUCUUUCUUUGUCUCUUGCAGCUCAUUGAAAGCAAAAAUUUCAUGGUAAAAUAUUUCGAAGUGUGAAAUACCAUUUUCAAGAAGUUCAAUAUACCACAAUCUUUUGCUCCGAACUUUUCAGAGUCGAGGAUUUUUUCGUACGUGUGCUAGGGUUUGUGGUUAUCGAUGACGGCGCAGUCGCCGACAACGGCGUCGUCAGUUGCGGGAAAACCAUCAGACAUCACAAGCGGAGUACGACGCCCUUCUGAGGGGUCGUCGACCCCGGACGGCAAGAGUGCUAAGGAAACGGUCUAGCCGAAGAAAAGGGUGCGAGCUCUGAACUUGGAUGAUACGAUGACGGGAGACGACGCUGAAACUGAAACGGAGAUGGAAACUGAUAAGGAGGAACGCACCAUUCAUCCAGAUGGGCAGGGAUGGAAGGGUAAAAGCUUUAGCGAAGCCGUGAAGCAGGAUACUUGGUACAUAGCCGAGUCUGACUCGGAAGAUGUGGCACUUAGAGAAAAGGAGAUGGAUGAUGAAGUAGACGGUGCAGAAGAAGACCCAACCUGUCCAACGAUUCCUUUCACGACGGCCGAGAAAAUACGAUGGAGAAGGGAAUGGCGAUCUGCGUUGGUGGUCAAAGGACUAGGGCGACGGGUGUCGUAUAUUCCUUUAGCACGGCGUCUUAAUUUCCUAUGGGCACGGAAUGGUGAGAUACAGAUCUCGGACAUGAAUAAUGGUUGUUUCCUGGUUCGCUUUCGAAGCCACAAGGAUUAUGAAGGGGCGACGAUGGGUGGUCCCUGGAUUUUGGGCGAAACAUACCUGACGGUUCACCAGUGGUUCAAAGGCUUUAAUCCAUGGAAGACAGAGGUGACAUCGACAAUGGUUUGGGCACAACUACCAGAGUUACCCAUCGAAUUCAUCAACAAGGAAGCGGUUAUGAAGAUUGGGGAAUGGUUGGAUAAACCUGUUCGGGUGGAUCGUGCAACAGAACUCGGAGCUCGGGGAAAAUAUGCUCGGGUCUGCAUUGAAGUAGAUCUCACCCAGCCAUUUAUAUCAAAGUUUAAAAUCGAAGGGGUGACGUACUUGGUCCAAUACGAGGGACUAGAUGUUCUAUGUACAGACUGUGGCACAUAUGGGAAGAAAGCUGGUAAAUGCCAUUGUGUUCCAACGGGCCUGGCGAUGGAGAUAGAGGAAAAUAAAGAAGAAGGAACGAGUGUGGACGUCAACCCCUCCCAGGGGCGAACCUAUGGGGAAUGGAUGAAGGUCAAGCCGCGCAAUCGAUACCAGGGAAGGAAGGAGGGAUGGGGAGGAAAGACGGAGGGUACCUACACAAAAAAUGCUUCGAGGGGUUAGCUGAAAAGGACAAGAACGAAGAGAGUGUGAUCAUGGAGGAUCACCAGGUGAAUGAUAAUGAUAGGCAGCCGAAGAGUGACAAUCAAGGAGAAGGUGAGAUACGUACACAAGAAAAAAGAAAUGGACUGGGGAACGAAGUAAAUAAGAAUAACAAUGGUGAUAACCAUCCCAUGCAACAGACAAAAACCCAAACUAGUAGUAAUAAGGGUGGAAGCUCAGCGAAGCAUGGACACAAGAUAUAGGAGAAGGGGUCGGGUGACCAGAAGAAACAAACAACUGUGCGGAGUGGGAAGAUCAAGCAGACGGAAUCGGUCAGUAUGGAAAACGAGGUGACAAAGAAAUCCGGCAACCCUGUACAGCUGGGGGUGGCGCCGACCAAAAAUGCAGGCCAUGGUAAAGGGACAAAGAACGGGAAUGGGAAAAUGGAUGAAGGCACGGGGAGCCUAUCCCCUUUGAAGAAUAGAUGAAGCUAAUCAGC